AUGCGGGGCGGGAUGCGGGGGCUGGUGCUGGGGCUGGUGCUGUGCGCGCUGCGGGCCGGCCCGGCCGGUGGCACCGAGCUGACCUUCGAGCUGCCCGACAGCGACAAGCAGUGCUUCCACCAGGAGCUGGAGAGAGGCCUUAAAUUCACGCUGGACUACCAGGUGAUCACCGGGGGACACUACGACGUGGACUGCUACGUGGAGGACCCCAACGGCAGGACGAUCUACAAGGAGACCAAGAAGCAGUACGACAGCUUCCCGCACCGUGCCGAAGUCAAGGGCGUCUACACCUUCUGCUUCAGCAAUGAGUUCUCCACUUUCUCCCACAAAACCAUCUACUUCGACUUCCAGGUGGGCGACGAGCCACCGAUCCUGCCCGACAUGAGCAACCGUGUCACCGCCCUGACGCAGAUGGAAUCCGCCUGCGUCACCAUCCACGAGGCGCUGAACACGGUGAUCGACUCCCAGACCCACUACCGGCUGCGGGAAGCGCAGGACCGGAGCAGAGCCGAAGACCUCAACGGCCGGGUCUCGUACUGGUCGGUUGGGGAAACCCUCAUCCUCUUUGUGGUCAGCAUUGGGCAAGUGAUGCUGCUGAAAAGCUUCUUCACCGAGAAGAGGCCCGGCGGCGGCGGGGCCGGCACCUAGAGCCGCAGCAGCCCUGGGCCCGAACUGCAGGAGGGGGGCAGGCGGGCAGCGUUCUCGGGGGGGGGGGUCACGCUUCACCUCAGUGUUCGAGGCGCUGCCGUGGGGGGGUGGGCUGGGUGGGAGCGGGGGUUGACGUGAUGCUGCUGCUGCUGAGCCACGUGGAUAAUGGUCACCCCAGCAUGCGCGUCCCCCCCCCCCCAGCAUCACCUCCCGCUUUGCCUUCGCCUGCCCUGCGGCCCUGCCCCCUCGCCCAGCUGCUCUGUCCCCACUCCCCAGCUCCCCCGGGGAGGCGGGCGGACACGCCGGGGUUUGGUGUCAACACUCUGGCCUCACAGCGAAGCCUUUCCCCCGUCUUUCUGUGCUGCAGGAGCAAGCAGCGUGCCCCGUACACGAUGGUAUUUUCACAUUUACGUGAGCCCAUGCCCAGGGCUUGUCCCCCUGUGCCUCCCACCGUGCCCAGCAGGAGCAGGCACAGCUCUUCCCCACCUGUGCCGAGGAAGCCCCAUCCCCACCCCAGCAGCAGGGAGCACCCCCCCACACCCCCGGGACUGCAGCCCCCUUCCCAGGAGCCCCACAAAGCAGCGACCCACCACGAGACCCCCAGGGAGACCAGCGCGCUGAGCGGGUGCGGGAUCGCUCCUCCGGAGCCGGUUCAGCACCACGGGUGUUUUACUUUGCCACUUCGUAAUAAAGAUCCCUGUGACAGUGA